GACGCGGUGUCUCCUGAGAAAGAAGCGGCAGCGGCACAAGCGAGAGGACAGUGGCGCUGAGGAACUAAAUGACCCAGCGGAGGGAUCCUGUUCGAGCGAGUAUCUGAGAAGUACUCCCGAUAGGCGCCCGCCGGUCCCCGCCCCCGGGCGCAGGGGUUCCGCCAGCACAGCGUUCCGCCUGCGGCUCCCCCUACCAUGAGCCCCGCCUCUACGGGGCACAGGAGACGUUCGGCUGAAGACACCGCGCGGGGUCGCGGGCGGGCGGAAGGAAGGGUCUCCGGUUCUCUGAGAGCCAGGCGGCGGUGGCGCCUCUGUGAGGGAGACUCGGGCCGAGGCUGACCCCGGUCCCAGUCCCGGUCCCAGGCUGCAGUACUGCCGCCGCGUUUCUGCGGGGCGGCGCAGCCCCGAGGGGUAAACGAGAUUCUGGUGAGCUCGGGUAGCACAGGAGCAGCCGCUUCCCGACCCGGGCGAGAGGAGAGGCAGCUGCCAGCGGAGGGGGCCGGAGCUCGGCGCCGCUUCCCGAGCUGCCCGCCGGGGUACGGGAGACCCGCAGCUGGCACGAAUGAACUCCUUCGGGCAGCCAGGAGCUGCUGGCUGGGACGGAUCCAUGAAAAACAGGUGAGCCCUCUGCUGAGGGAACGAACACUCUCUGCUCCCAGGUCGGGGAAACAUGUCCCGUCGGAAACAGACCACUCCUAACAAAGUUCACUGGACUGUAAGAAGAGAAACUGAACUCUGUGCAUCAGGGAAGCUGGCCUUGUCCUGGCAUGGCAGGACAGGGAUAGGCUUGAACAAACAACUAAUGCUGUAAAGGUAGGUGUGUACGUGCAAGGCCUGUAGCUGUGCUUUGCAUUCACACUGUCACAAGUGCAAGUUAGUGUACUAAGAAAUGUGACUUCGGGGCUCUGGCCCAUCUUGGGUAGCAAAGGAAGUUCUAGGCAAGGUGGUUUGAGUGUGUGGCUGAAAGCCAGGAAGUCCUGGGUUCUGAUCUUUGCCCUACCACAGACUCAACCGACUGGCCUUGGACAUGUUACUUAAGCUCACUGUACCUCAGCUUUCCACCAGAUAAUGUAAAUAAAGCCAUUUGCUCUUUCCUUGCAGGGAGUGGGCUGUGGCUAAGUAAUUUACUGGACAGGUAAAUGCUAUCUGUCAGAUCAUUCUUGAGCUGAGCUGAUAGGAUGGGUCUCUGUUUUUCCAGCAUUGUCCAGACCCUAGCAUUUGUGUGGUAGUGAAUGGGCUGAAGAUGCUGUACAUCAGCACUUCUUGUGGGCAGGCUACAUCAAGAUGUUAGCGGAGCUGGGAGACACGUAUGGAUGUUUGGCUGCAAAGGGGAAACUGCAUAUAUACAGCUUUUGUUUGACUGAUUGCAGCAGGGGGAAGUUAGGGCUACUGAAGCUAUGCCCUUGUUCAUUCCCAGCAUAGUGGCUGGAGACACAUUUGGAAUUUGGUCUGGAAUGAGGAAAACAAAUUUCCACUUCUCUAGACACGUGAAACCAAGGCUGAUAAGAGGGCCCUAGGUAUUGCUAAGCUGUAGUAGCUGCCAGGAGUAUGGGACAGAGAGGCGAAUGCUGCAGCCCUAACACUGCCUCACUUUGCUGAUGCUGCUGGCUUGCAUGUCUCUGUGUGUUUCUCUGUGCUGCCUUUUUGUAUGGGUACGGCAACAGGAAUCUGUGCAUGCUGUUCUCUGUACUAGGGGAAAAUACACUGUGAUAUACCCUAACACUUUGCACACUCAUUGAGUGUACUGGGGAGAAUUACCUCUGUCUGGGACUUGAAAGCACUGUUGGCUGCUAGAGCUAGGCAUGGGAGAGCUGACAAAGCUUUCCUUGGUGGCCAGCGUAAGAGUCUUGAGGUGUGGCUUUUGGCAUCUGCACUGACUUGUGCUCUCCAAUUCCUGCUUCUGGGCACUGGGUUCAACAGUGGGAAGAGUAUAGCUUUGAUUUGCCUGAUAGUAUAUUAAUGACUUUGGAAUUGUCUUCCUUAAAGAAAUUUGAUAUGUCCUGUGUUUUGUCCUAUGAUGCCAUUAACACAUCUUGUGUCCACACACUUUUGCUUCUGAGAGUGCCCAGAUGUUACUGCUGCCUUUUAGAUCAGACUUUUAGGUAAGGCAUGCACUUACGCUGUCUCCUCUGGUGUAGAGUCACGGUUUCUCGUGUACGGAAACCAAGGGAUACAACAGCUCUAAUGGUGCAGGUGGAGUUUCCAUGGUGUUUAGGCGGGCUGUUUUCUGCACUCCACUGCAUAAGGGGUUAUGUUCUUCAGAAGCUUGUACUAUUAUAUACAAAACUAUACAUAUUAUGGAGUUCAGUUGUGCACUGUUUCCAGAGUGAACACUGCUCUUUUAUCUGCAAUACAAGUGAUUGUAUCUCCAGUUUUGGUCUCAGGGGAAGCUAUCUGACAUACAUGCUAUCAGUGGGCAUGAAGUUGAGGUUAUGGCAUCUGGUAUGCCAUAGAGAGGAAUUCUGGGACCUGUUCACCUCCUUUACAUGCAGUACAUUGCUACAGAGCAACUAUUCAAGAGGAGCCAUCAGCAGCAACAAGUAGGACCACAAGAAAAUAAAGGGACCGAAAGAUACAAGAAACAUGUCAAUGGUGAUGUCUCCACCUUGGGAUGGAAAAUCUUGUCUGUCUUAUGAUGAACACCACCAAAUCGUUGGGACUUCUCUGUCUACCUAGCCUGCUGUGUAUCUGGAGGGCCCAGAAAUGCCAUGCAGUACACUGACGAGGAUAAUCGGAGAGAGCAUCAGCUCCAAGAACUGGGUGAGCCAGCAGAAUGAGGAGUCAGGCUGAGACAUAGCAGACACGUUACUGAGACUUCUUCACAGGGACUGAAGUGGUUGGGAGGAAAGGAAUAAAAGGGACAGCAGAACACCUGAGAGUUGUCCUGCAUUCAUACAGUUCAAGAAGGGAAGGGCUCAGGAAAAAAAUCCUUUCUGGCCACCAAGUUGAUACACCACCAGAUCCUAGCAGUCAUAACUGCCCCUGUUGCACAGUACUGCAGGGCUGCCCCCUACCUCCACAGCUGCUCACCUGGCAUCUCACUCAUUACAAGAUUAUGGAGAGGAGAACUGGAAUGCAAAGCAGAGGCAUUUGUAUGAUCUUUCACUGUCCAAUGUCUCUAGCUGUUUGUAAAACAAAUACAGUGACUUGUUUUGGUGUUGUGGUCAGCCUGCAGCCCUUUUUGUAUUUAAUAAAGAAACUUCUGGAGAAGAGUCUGUGAAUUCACUAUUGAGCCUAACAUCCUUUACUGAUAGCAGUGAUCCUAAAGCUGUUGCCUGUCUUACGCCCUUUCUAAACAAAUGGAAGUGUAUUCAGUGUGGGGUGGAGGUGGGGGUGUAAGUGCCUGUACAUGAGCAUGUGUGUGCAGAAACAAUAAAAGUAUAACCCUAUAUCUAUCAAACAUUAAAGCUCUAAAGUUUCAUCAAGGUAGGACUUAGUCCAUCAGUAGAUGAACAGGACACUCUUCCCUAAGUUCUUUUGGAGACAAUAUUAGUUUAAUACAUAAGGAAUCCUGUAUAAGCUAAAGAUAGCAUUUUUAAAAUGAUGAUGCCUUUUAUAUACAGGCUAGUGGAGAACACACAAAAUAUCGUCUGCUAACAGCACUGGUUUGGUUAAGUUUGCAUUUCUGGCUGUAAGCUGAGAGUUCUCUGCACUGUGCUGAAUCAAUGCUAACUUGGUUCUGGGUAUGUUGUACAGAAAGGCCACUGGCAGAUGUGAUUGCUGUCUUAGUUGUGAUUGAUGCUAGUGUUACUGAUGGGAGGAGUUCCCUCCUCUGUCACCUCAUAGACAGAUCACAGCUUUUAAAAUCCUGCAGACUGUCUGUAUAUCUGAGCAGGAACCUACUUGCCAUCAGACUCCAGGCUGCUGCACAGUGGAAAUGUAAGCCAUCUGGAAGGGGAAAGGGGGAAGAGAACACACACAACUGCUUCCACUAGCGGUUGCAGUGGUGUUUGGGAAUCCCAUUUUGUAACUCUGUCGCAGGCAGCACAUCUCCCACUAUAGUUUUACAUCUGUCCUGUGUUCUGCAGGUUUCCUCAUUUCACCAUACUUUGUUUUGCAAUGCUUUCUGGUCUCAUGGACUUUUAUCCUGGUGGUUUGUGGAUAUCUGCUUCUUGGAGAGGCACUGCAAUGCUGCAGUGUCUGCAUCUCAGUCCCACCAAUGUCAGGUUGUGGUCCAGACAUAAAAAAGCAGCACUCUGGGUUAUGGAGACCAUUCAGUGCUGGAAUAGCUUCUGAUGGGGAUGCAUGUGUCACAGCAAUCACAAUGGUACCUGCUGCUUUCUGUGACAAAUAGAUUUAGGGUGCUCCUCAGCACCUCUCUUCAGCCCACAUGGAUUGUGAUCUCAAGUCUUCUCUACAGAAACCUUUCUCACAUUUCUGAAAUGGAAUGAUAAAUGCCUUCAAAUACUUUUGGAAACCUCCAUGGGGAUGUUGGGAACUAAAACUUUUCUCCCACACUCUGUUAAGCUUCUGAAGGUCUUUGAAAUCUUACAUAAAUUACUGCUUUUUAAAGCACUGCUGGAAAUUGAGAGGUAAGCACCAGAAAGGCAGUGUGAGUAUGAAUAUGGGGCAAAGCUGGCUGAAACAGUUUAGCAUGUGGGAAUGUACCUGUCCUUGUAACAGGACUGGUGCUCUCUCAAUGGGUCAAGAAUUGAAUUCCCUGGUUAUAGUGAUGCCAGUUGUGAACCUAUACUAAAAGGUACAAUUUUCUGAAAGCUUUUGUUUUAUGUGAAAAAACACACUGCGUCUUCCUUAGCAUUUUUUGCAUUUAUGCUUUGAGUGGUUCUUGAGAACUUACAAAUCAGUUGAUAAAUUUAACCCAAAAGCUAGCCUGCUGGGAACUUCAGCACCUCAUCCCAAGCGCUCCCAGAUCAUCUACUGAGAGAGGCAAAUCAUGUAUACACAUUUGUUUGAUUUAAUAUGAAAAUUAAUGGUUGCCUUUUAUCGUUAGUCCUUGGAACCAAAAGUUCUCCUUAGCAGGGAUACCCGUAAGAAUUUUUCUUUCGGAGAAGCACAAAUAAUUGCCUUCUUUCAGUGUAUUUGCCAUCUCCUAUUGAGCUGAGGUACUAGUGAUUGGUGUCUUUCAACAAAACAGACUGUAAACUAUCCUAAUCAAUUAUCUCAGCUUUCUGGGUUUGUUCCCAUGGUUUUCUGUUUUAGGCAUAUGAAGUGUCUCUGAGAUUUAUUUUAGCCAGAGCCACACCUGGGCAAGGCAAAGUAGUGAAGCAAGUUAUCCAUCAUAUAAGCAAGAGAAUACCAGCUCCAAGCACAAACACCUUGAAGGGCAGCUUGUCCUCAGUCUUCCUGGGACAGAGGGUGGUGACAGAGCACGCCAAGGACAGCCUCUGGUUUUAAUAUCACUGUGGAGAGCAGAUGAGGUGCCAGGCACUCAGGGAGAUACAAUUUUUGUGCAAGUUGCCUGUAAUAGCAGGGAAUAGGACUUCAGGAUUUAGAAGAACCAUAUAGCACUAUGCCCAAUUUGGGAUACUGUCAUAAUCUCCGAGUAGCUUCCUGCCUGCCUAGAGCUCUGCUACUAUAGCUCUAUUGGCAGGUAGCUUGGCAGCAGAGAAAGCCACCUGACUAUAUAUGGCAGAUAUAUGGAAUCCCACUUUUUUUUUUUUUUGUGGCUGAAGUAGCAAUUAAAGAGUAUGCAGAGAGCAACCUGAUGCUGGACAUUUCCACUAGUGAGACUGUUCUAGACACAGGGACUGGACUCGCAUCAGCGGGUGCGAGAGGCUCGUGUUGCAGGGUAGGCAAGCAGAGAGAUUACUUAAAUGCUUUCCGAGAGGUGACUUCAGAGGUUCUGCACAGUGCAGGGGAGCAAGUCUUUGCAGGGCUGGAGGAGCAAGCCCGCCAAGCCAUGAUGAAAACCAACUUUCCCGGAGCUCUUGGGGACCAAAGGCCAGCCAUUCAUCCACUGCAAGACCCUGACUCCAGCAGCAGUGGCAGUGAUGAUGAGGAAACCACCCAGGAUGAAGUUUCUUCCCAUACAUCUGAGGAGGAUGGCUCAAUGGUGAAAGUGAAGAAGGAAUUAGAGAAUGCAGAACAACCUGUGCCUGGAACCCCACUGAUGAGAGAACAUGAGGUUCAUGAGAGUUUGAAUGCUGACCCUAUGCUGGGACUGUCACAGUGCCCCCUCUGCCAGCUGGAGUGUGGAAGCAGAGAGCAACUCAUUGCUCAUGUAUACCAGCACACUGCAGCUGUGGUAAGUGCCAAGAGCUACAUGUGUCCUGUAUGCGGCAGAGCCCUCAGCUCACCAGGAUCCCUUGGGCGACACCUCCUGAUCCACUCAGAGGACCAGCUGUCAAACUGUGCAGUGUGUGGAGCACGCUUCACCAGCCACGCCACAUUCAACAGUGAGAAGCUGCCAGAGGUGCUCAGUGCAGAUCGCCUGCCGGCACCACAGAGCGAGGGCCCCUCCAGUGUUAAGGGGAGAGACAUUGCCUUUCACACCCCUGUGUAUCCUGCAGGCAUCCUCCUAGUGUGCAACAAUUGUGCUGCUUAUCGUAAGCUGCUGGAGGCACAGACACCUGGCAUGCGAAAGUGGGCGCUGCGUCGGCAGAAUGAGCCCUUGGAAGUGCGGCUGCAGCGUCUGGAGCGGGAGCGCACGGCCAAGAAGAGCCGGCGGGACAAUGAGACGCCUGAAGAACGGGAAGUGAGGCGUAUGCGGGAUCGAGAAGCUAAGCGCCUGCAGCGCAUGCAAGAGACAGAUGAGCAGCGGGCACGGCGGCUGCAGAGAGACCGGGAAGCCAUGCGACUGAAACGUGCAAAUGAGACCCCAGAGAAACGACAGGCCCGGCUCAUUCGGGAGCGCGAGGCCAAGAGGCUCAAGCGGCGCUUGGAGAAAAUGGACAUGAUGCUCCGGGCACAGUUUGGCCAGGACCCCUCUGCCAUGGCCGCUUUGGCAGCUGAAAUGAACUUCUUCCAGCUGCCAGUUAGCAACGUGGAGCUGGAGAGCCAGCUGCUGGGCAAAAUGACCUUUGAAGAGCAGAGCAACAGUGCACUGCAUUAAGCUACAGCCAAGGACUGUGCCACCUCUGCUGCACCUGCCACAGGUGCACUAGCAGGCUUCUACACUCAGGAGGCUCCUGUGGGUCCCUGGCUGGCUCUCCCUGAUAGAUGGUUCUGGUUUUCUCCUGAACAUAGGAGGAGAACAGGGCUGAGAGAUGUCUGCCAACGUAGCCCUGGUGGGAGCAGCUUCUGAGGAUACAGUCUGCUCUGUGGGCCAAGUCGCAGCCUGUGAA